AUGUCAAUAACUGUUUCAACUUGUUAGCAAAUUUGUGGAUCACCACUCAAUCAGAGUACUGCUAAAAACUUAUGGACAUUUUCUAAAUCAGACAGAUUUGGCAGUCUUGCAAAUCCUGUUAAUUGUGGGAAGGCUUUCUAUGACUUACCAACUCAGAUUGAUAAGCGAUCGGCUGGAAUAGGCAAAGGAACAAAAACUGAUUUUACAAAAGUAGCCUUUACAACUCCAUCUCCAUAAUAAUACAAUAUUACAAGUGAUGUUGACGUCAAUCAAAAGAAGGGGAAGGGAAAUAAAUUUGGCAUGAGUAGAGAGAAGAUGGCAAGCACAGGAAUUCUAGGAAAUUUAAAUUCAAAGACUCCAGCUCCUGGAACCUAUGAUUUGGGUUCAACCUUGAGCGACGUACGUUACACAAUGAGACAAAGACCCAAGACCAAUUUUAUGGUUUUAACUGGCAAAGAGAUCCCAGGACCAGGAACUUACGAAUCACUACCAGCUGUGAAUCCAGUUGGCAAGUAUCCCAUAUCAAAAUACAAUAACUCUUGCGCCACCUUGUUCAAUCCCAAGAAUUCUAGGAGAUUUGUUAAGGAUUUUUCCACUAACUUGUAUGCUCCUGGACCAGGAACUUACCCAGUAGACAAGACAGGAAUUCAAAAGGAUGGACAUUAUUUUAUUUCAAAAUUUCACUCUUCGACGAUGUUAGGAGUUUUCCAAAGGAAUCCAGAAGAACAGGAUCAGUCGGCAAAGCUGGAACACCAGCCCCAGGCAGUUAUAGGUUGCCAUCCGAAUUCGGGUAUUACGAAUCAAGAAACAAAGCCAAUAGAAGUGCAGGAGACAUGGGAGAAACCAAACCUUAAUAAUGAUUAUCAUAUUAAAUAUGAAAAUAUACGUUUUGAUUUAAGUACUUAAAUCAUUUUUAGAAAUGACUUUUACUAUAUCAGAUGA